UAUGUCCAAGGAAACUUUCAAGGAGUCAUCGAUCCUACUACAACAUCGAUUAUAUUGAAGAACUUUACGGAGCUAUGCAUCCAUCUUUAGCUCCUCACCUGCACAACGAUUGUCUACAAAUUAUAGAAGAGCUACAUCGUUGUCACGAAGAGCAUCCCUUUCGAAAGUUCGUUGGAGAGUGUAAUGACAUUAAACGGGCUCUUGAUACCUGUUUGAAAAAAGAGGAUCUGAAAAGACGGAGAAAAAACUUGGAAGAAUCAAGAAGAAGACAAAAGUCCAUGCAAGAAUUUUAUGCAGAAGAAAAAUGAUUCAUUAUUAAAAAGAGUAAACAGGGCUGGAGGAAUGAACUGGUUUGAAGGAAUGAAAUGGUUGGCAUGGGAAAAGUAACUCUGACAUGGGUCAAAUGCUGCCUGUUGUGCACAAGCCAACAGAACUGUCAUGGAAAGAUAUUGUUGAAGUGAUGUGCAUGCCACAAGUAAGGACAAUUGGACACUAACACAAUUUUUAAGGGUGUUUCUUUCAAUUUCAUAUGACUUUAAGGAUUGUACUUUUCCUUCCAUCUCAUGAUAGCAGUGACCCACAAGAAGAAUGUCAAAUGAAUGCUUGAAAUAUUAAAAACAACAUUGUUCACAUAAGCAGUUCAUGCAAGUAAAAGGAUACAUGAAUUCA